UAUAAACGACAUCGGAGCGGAGUCGGAGGAGAGCGGAGGAGACGAACGUGCCCGAGAGGAAAGGGUUGCUCGCGCGAGAAGCCCAGCGAGACCGAGAAGACCAACCGGACGGUGCGCGUGCGAAGUCAGCGGCCUUUUAAAAAUGGACGAUGAGAGUGACCAAGAGACCACGAUUGAGGACGACUACUACACGUUCCUGAACAUCCCGAGAAACGCCAGUCCCGAAGAUAUCAGUAAUGCAUACCGCAGACUCAGUAGGCUUUACCAUCCAGACAAGCAUGUGGAACCGACGCUUAAAAAGGAAGCGGAGAUUCUUUUCAAUCGCACGAAGAAGGCUUACGAAGUGUUGAACGAUCCACACCAGAGGGCAAUUUAUGACUCGCUGGGAAUUCGCGGAUUAGAGACAGAGGGAUGGGAGAUUGUGCAGCGUACCAAAACGCCUCAGGAGAUACGCGAAGAGUACGAGAGGCUGGCGCGGGAACGAGAGGAGAGACGACUGCAGCAGCAUACCAAUCCCAAGGGCACUGUAACGGUAAACAUCAAUGCCACCGAUCUUUUCAAUAAGUACGAUGAGGAUUACAACGACGGCAGCGGGCUGUUCUCGUGGAUCGAGGUCAGCGGGAUGUCGUUCGCACAGUCGAUUGAAGCGCCUCUCACCCUGAGGGACACCGUGACCAUGUCCGGCCAACUCGGCACUCAAAACGGCACAGGUUCCGGGUCCAUUAAUAUCUCAGCGAAACGGCUGAUAUCCUCGAAAGGUUGGGUCGAGGUCGAGGUCGGUGCUGGCAACGGCCCAACGUUCUCCUUUAAGGCAUUUCGCACGCUGACAAAAAGAUUAUUUUGCGACGGAGCGGCGAUAUUGCAAUUCACGCCGCAUGGUGUAAAGGCUGGCUACGUUGGCACUCUUGCAAUGCAAUUGGAUAAACAUACAGUGGGAUACCUCACAUAUAGAGCUGGUAUUCAGGACGCUAUGAGCACAAUGAUCGUAAGAGACACGUCCCGGUCGUACACGGCAUUUUCUUUACAUUUUGGACUUAUACAUUCGUUCGUCAGCCUUAACUAUACUUAUAAGAUGGAAGAGAAGCAACUCAAGCUUCGUGGUAGUGUCAAAGCCGGGACAUUUGGCGCAUUUCUUGAGUACGGCGCGGAAAAAAAAGUCUCCAAGCAUAGCUCAGUUUCGGCGGCCGUGCGCAUCGGCGUCCCAACUGGUGUCACAUUGAAGCUCAGAUUGAGUCGCGCCUCGCAGGCGUACACGUUCCCCAUCCAUCUGUGCGACGAAGUUCUUCCAGCUCCAGUCUUUUAUGCCACCGUAGCACCCAUAAUUACUUGGACGGUCAUCAAGAAGCUGGUGAUCGAUCCCAUUGUAAAAGAACGGACGGAACGCGAGAAAGAGAAGCAGAGAGAACUUAAUAAAUCCAGAAUGAUGGAAAAGCAAAGGGAAGCAAAAGCGGCUACCGAACUCAUGAAAGAAACUGUCAGCAGGAUAAGAGCCGAGGAAGAAUCCAAAAAAGGAUUAAUCAUUACUAAAGCUUUGUAUGGCCGAUUUGUUUAUCCUCAACAGGAUCGAUUGGAAGAAAUCGGGCACAGAGACGAAAUGAUAGACGUAACGAUUCCUCUGCAAUGUUUAGUCAAAGAUUCUAAACUGAUUCUUCAUAAAGCAUCAAAGAGUCAACUACCUGGAUUUUAUGAUCCAUGUGUAGGAGAAGAUAAGCAGCUUUUGGUACAGUAUCUCUUCCAUAGUCAAACACAUGAAUGUGUUAUACAAGAUGAUGCAGCUCUCAGGAUACCAGUCUCAUCACAUAAAGUGAAUCCUACUUGACAUACAGAUUCAACUUUGAAACCAAAAACCAGUCGUCGCAAUUUUCGUCAAUGAUCGGCGUUAUUUCGGUGUAGAUUUGUUCAUUUUUAGAGAUUUAAUUUUACAUAAAGGGCAAAAUAAUAUUGAGUGUUCGUUGAUCCUUCAGCUUUGUAUAUUAAUGCUAUUUUUUAUUUCUUAAAUUGAUAUUUAAUUAUUUAAAAAUAUUUUUAUCUUCCGCAGAUCGAUCUGGAUUGUAUAUUUUAUAGACUGGAUUAUUUAGCUGAUUCUACUUUUCAUUCGGACAUGUAUAACAAAAAUUAACGUUUUAAGUCAUAUAAUUAUAUAAUUAUAUUUCUAAAUGUUGAAAGAGUAUACCAAAAUUUUUACAAACUUUUUAAAUCUGUAAAAAUCUUUUGAAAAACAAUAUCAGUUUGACUAAGCAGUCAAAAACAGAUUGAUCCGUGGAGGAUUAAAUAUAUAAAGUUUAUCGUAAAAGUUUUUCGAGAGAAGGGAAUUGAUCCUUUAUACCUAUAGAUGUUCAAUUGUGCUCAACUUUUCAUGAGUUGCACCGAGAUGUAUUCAUUUUGCUCAUUGAAGUCCUAUUCCAAGUACUUUAGAGAAAGUAAGUCAACCCGAGUGCAAAUCCUAUUUACUGCCUGUAGAAACUUAAUAAUGUUAUAUCACAUGAAAUAGAUGAUAUGUUAUAAUUCCAAGGAUCAUAUUGAUCUCUUAGCAGUCAUCCAAAGAUCUAAGGAUCAUUAUGAAUACAUAAAAGAAUAACAAUCAGCUUUAGAUACGCAAAUAUGCAUAUUAUUGCAUAUAGAGAAAGACAUUUGUUAAUUAUACAACCGAUUACUGGACUUGCACACCAGAGUUAAAGUAUUAGUGUACAAUUUAUUCUUGUACAAAAUAGAUAUGGUUUCAGACAGAAAAAAAUGUAAUUUAUAUACAUAACUUUGACACAUAUAAAUUAUGUAUAUAAUUUAUAAGAACUUAAAAGAUAACAAUACAGUACAGUCAUCUAUUCUACAUAAAGUAUAUUUAUAUGUACAUUUACAAAUAGCAAUUAUAAAUAGUUUGAUAUUACAAUCACAAAAUAAAUUUGUUGAGUU